AUGGCUUCAACCACAAAGAAUGGGUCGAAGAGGGCUCACGGGCUUCUUGACUCGGAUCAGAUAUACAUAUCACAAUCGAUCGAGCAUUCUUUGACACCACCCGAGACUCCGCCAUACGAGAAGCAUGCCACAAAACCUGUGCAUCCAUGGCCCGAACCAGAGACCGCCCCGGAGGCUUCAAAUCAAAAACGGAGAAAAACUUUGGUUCACGACGAAGUGGACGAUUUCAAUGUCUCACAUCAGGAUGUGCUGCUUCUCCAUGCACCGAAACAGCGAUAUGCACAUACACAACAGCAGCCCAUACCGGAACUGAGAAAUGACAGGGAAAUGUUAGUUGCAGUCGACGCGAUCGGGCUGAAUCCCAUCGACUGGAAAGCUCCUGAUUUUGGCUGGGGACUUCCGGCUUUGCCCUGCAUCAGUGGUCGGGAUCUCGCAGGGAGAGUUGUGAAAGCACCGAAACUGCAAUCGAGACUUGGCAAGGGGGAUAACGUUAUGGCGAUCUCAACAGACUAUCGUGACUCGAGGAAAUCCGCCUAUCAACAAUAUGCUGUGGUAUCGGACUUCAACGCUUGCAGACUUCCAGAUCAUCUAGGUCCUACAGAUGCUGCACCGCUUGGGGUCGCUUUUGUAGCCGCUGCAUUGGCACUCGGAAUUUGUUUGGGUUUGGAUUUCGGUCGCGGCAAUGAGCCUCGUGGUCCCAACCUAUUGCGAACUAUUCAAUCCCUGCCUCGAGAAGCACUACCCAAAGAUAUCCAAGGAGAGUGUUUUGACAACAUCAAGGAAAGCGAGAGAGCGAAAGCAGGUGACUGGAUUGCCAUUUGGGGAGGCUCAUCCGCAACUGGUUGCUGCGCAGUACAACUAGCAAAACUUGCCGGCCUGAAAGUUAUUGCGAUCAUCGAUGUUGCCCGAAGCGGUGAGCGAAUGCUCAAGCAUGGGGCCGACCUGCUGGUGGACCGACUUGACACGGAGCGAGCCAUCGAAAUCGUGAAGGGUAUCACCAAAGGCAGGCUGCGCUUCGGGCUCGACACAAGAGGCAGAGAGAGCGCGGCUAUGCUUGCAAAAGUGAUGCAAUCGCAGACAGAUGACCAGGAUGGCAAUGCUCACGCUCGAGCUCAUCUUGUCGGCCUGGUAGCAGUCCCCAAAGAGCCAAUAGACGGUGUAGUAUACCAUUCGGUGCCUAUCAAGGCCUUUCAUGAAGCGCCCGCCGUGGGAGAAGGAAUGAUGGUUUGGUUAGAGAAGCUUUUGAGCCAGAAGCUGAUACACACCCCUGAUAUCGAAGUUGCUGGUGGUGGUUUGGAGGGCAUCAACGCGGCUUUGGACAAGCUUCGUGAUGGAAGCGUCAAUGGACCCAGGAUAGUUGUGCCUCUCACGGCCUAA